GUUACAGUCCAAGCACUACACUACACAGUAAAACAGAUCGAGGCUAAAGUACAAUGGCCCCAACUCCGUUUGAAGUGUCUGAUCUACUCGCUGCUGUGAACGAGUGUACUUCCGCGGGGAAUGCACGUCAUCGCAUCUUCGUGACGGGUGCCGCCGGGUUCAUCGGCUUCCACACCGCCAAGGCUCUUCUUGCACGCGGAGACGACGUCGUCAUUGUGGACGAGAUGAACGACUACUACGACGUCAAGCUUAAGCAGAGCAACCUCGACUGGCUCACGUCCAAUUACGGUGACCGCGUCAGCGUGUACAUCGGUGAUCUGUGCGACGAGCAGCUGGUCCGUCGCGUGCUCAAGGAGACCAAGCCGGAUGCGAUGGUGCAUUUGGCGGCCCGUGCCGGUGUGCGUCCCAGUAUCGACAACCCCCUCUUGUACAUCCAGGCUAAUGUGGUAGCCACAAUGUUGCUACUUGAUGCAUGCCGAGAGUUUGGCAUCAAGAAGUUCGUGUACGCAAGCAGCAGCUCCGUGUACGGCGGCAGCAUGAAGGAGAGUUUCAGCGAGGAGGACAUCGUAGACUACCCGGUGAGUCCGUACGCCGCGACCAAGAAGAGUUGCGAGCUGUUGGCGCACACGUACCACCACCUGUACGGCAUGGACACCAUCGGCUUGCGCUUCUUCACCGUGUACGGACCUCGUGGCCGUCCGGAUAUGGCUCCGUUCAAGUUCAUGGACCGCAUCGCACGUGAUGUGGCAAUUGACCAGUACGGCGACGGCUCGUCGUCUCGCGACUACACGUUCAUCGACGACAUCGUUCAGGGUGUGCUGCUGAGUCUGGAUCGUGGUCAUGGCUGUGAGGUGUUCAACUUGGGUCGUGGCACGCCGGUGUUGCUCACCGACUUCAUUGCCAUUAUUGAGGGACUGGUGGGCAAGACGGCGAAAAUCAACAUUUUGCCUGACCAGCCUGGCGACGUGCCCCGUACGAGCGCAGACAUCUCAAAAGCCGAGCGUUUGCUGGGAUACAAGCCUACGACUCCGUUGGAGCAGGGUCUGGCGAAGACGUGGGAGUGGUAUUCGGAGUUCUACAAUGCUUCGCCAGCGAAGUCUCCGUAA